AUGGUUCGAAUAUCGCAUGCUGCGUCCUAUUUUAUGCCUCUGUUCUGCUAUUCCAAACCUUCCGUGGUUGUGCUCGCUUGUGCAGUUACAGCGAUGGUGUUUGCGGCGGCUUAUAUGAGCUCGUUUCUGCUGAGCAAGCAGCAUGCCGAUCCCGAGCUGUUCAAACCCAAUGCUCAGGAUUAUUUUAGAACGUCCUUGCUCGGUGUCUUUUCGCCGAUUCUGUACUAUUUCAUCAAGACGUUCCUGUUCAACGCAAACCGGCAGUUCGUCAUACUGAACUUCCUGAUCGAUUUCGCUCUGAAUGACUGGUUCAUUCUGUUCAUCCUCGUCUGCCUGGCAUACCCGCAGCAGGAGCAGCGUGCCAAGGGAGAGUACACAAACGUGUGGCACAUUAUACCGAGACAGUCGUACGUCUUUGGCAUCGCCUGGUCGCUGGGGGAAUUCAUCAUAUGUGCGACUGCGAACCUGUUCAGCUACCAGGAGGUAGCCGGCGUUGGCGGAACCUUUGCGAGCAAGGGCGAUGUGGAGGAUAUGGUCUACGAAGUGAACCACGAUGCGGAGCCGCAGGACUCGCUGAGGAAGAAUAUCACUUUGUCCAAAUGCGUUGGGGUAAGACGCAACUCUUCCACGAUUUCUCAGAACGUUUACUGCUCAGAAUAUGAUUUGAACUACUACUAUGGCUCCACGAGAAAUACCGCAAGAAAAAACGCUGACGAAAGACCAGCAGAUGACACUGUGAUGGUGGUCGACCCAGCCGUCAACUCGCUGCGGCUCACUUUCUCCCGGGCUGACGACGGGUUCAAUAAAGAUGGCUCCAACAUCAGAGAUCCUAGACGCAUGGAGACCUCGAGCAGUGAACACACGGCCGCAAGAAAAUUUCUGCCCUUUCAGAACAAUCGGGAAUUGUUUCAGGCGCUUUUGCUGCUAGGCCUGGUGCUGACCAGCAACAUCCUCUCAAUCAUCGGUGAGUCGAUGAUAUUCUCCAUUUUCUUUAUCUAUGUUCCGCAACAUGACCCAGCCUUCUCCAGGGUCGUCAACUAUUUCGGGGGCAGAUCUUUCCAAUUCUUUCUCCUUACCGUUUUGCUGCCGUUUAUUCUGUUAAACCUGUUUGUUAACGUUGCGAUCUUUUAUUGGAACGACGUGGACGAAUCCCAUAGCCACUCACCGGAGACGCCACCCUCCACUGCGCAUCUUCUCACAAGAGACUACACCGACUUUUACGACUCGGACAUCUCCCUGCAGAGGUCCAGACCAGGUUCUAUGGGGUUCCCCGAGUCCAACAUUGCACUAGACCCCGGUGCAGACCCAACACCCUUCAUUUUAAUGACUUCACCCACCGAACUGCACUACUACAAUAACGGCAGUACGGGAAAUUACGAUACUGGCUCCAGAGUUUUGGCAAUAACGAAGAACAUCAUCAACGCAUGGAAGUCAGUGGCCAGAAAGGACUCCUUCGUACUUUCUGCGAUGUUUACCUGGGGAUUUCUGCUCUUUACAGUUGGUUUAUUUUCUACCGUCUUUUAA